CAGACUGAACUGGCUUAGGCUCAGUCGCGCGCUCUAAGAUCAAUCGUCAGCUGGUGGUUUUUGGGCGAGCUAUUGAUUAGUGGGUAUUUGGGUGGGCUUUAAAGUCUCGUCGUCAGCGGGUGACCAUGGAAGGCGACUGGAGCGGCGCCGGCGCCGGCGGUGCCGGCGGCGGCAUGCGCCAGCAAGCAGCACCAGCGGAGCCCGACUGGCGCACGAGGCUUCCGCGGGAGAAGCGGCAGAUCCUGGUGAAGCGCAUCAUGGAGAGCCUGCAGAAGUUCACCUCAGCGCCGGACAUGAACGAGCUCCACCGCGUUGCAGCCUCGUUCGAACAAAAGAUCUUUUCAACCGCCACCAACCAGGACGACUACCUGUGGCGCAUCUCGCAGAAGAUGCUGUACAUCAAGAGCAAGGGCCACAUGCUGCAGGCGCAGGCGGGGACGAGCUCGCAGGCGUCUGCUGGGUCCGUGGGCACUGCAGGGAUGGCUGCUGACGCUUCCGGCAUGAGCUACCCGCAGCAGCAGCAGCAGCCAGGCCAGCCAGGGCAGCCAGGUCAGCCGGGUCAGCCGCAGCCGGCGAUGCGGGCAGGAGUCCCCAUGAUGGGCCAGCAGCCAGGCGCCAUGCCUCCAGGCGGGGCGAUGGGAGGCCCGGGGGGGAUGGGCGGGCCACUGCAGCCAGGGCAGAUGCAGCAGGGGCAGAUGCAGCAGGGGCAGAUGCAGCAGGGGCAGGGGGGGAUGGGCGGGCAAAUGCAGCCCGGGCAAGGCAUGGGGGGGCCUGGAAUGGGCGGGCCUGGCAUGGGCGGGCCUGGUAUGGGUGGGCCGAGGCAGCUGCCCCAGAGUAACCUGUCCAUGGGGGCGAGUCAGGGAGUGCAAGGGGCUGGGCCCAUGCAGGUGGGUGCGGGGCAGCAGCAGCAGCAGCCGGGUCAGAUGCAACAGCAGCAGCAGCAGCGGAUGCUAAUGAUGCAGCAGCAGCAGCAGCUGCGGCAGCAGCAACAACAGCAACAGCUGCAGCAGCAGCAGCAGCAGCAGCCCAUGGCGCUACAGCAGCAGGGCCAGCAGCCUCAGCAGCAGCCGCAACUGCAGCAGCAGCAGAUGGGAGGCCAGAUGCAGCCUCAGCAGCCCCAGCAGGUGCAGCAGCAGCAGGGGCCUGGUGGCGUGAUGCAACAGCCUGGUGGGCUCAUGAACCGAGGUCAGCCCAUGCCUGUGCAACAGCAGCAGCAGCAGCAAUAUGGGGGGCCGCAAGCACAGAGGAUGCAGCAAAGCCCUAGCCCGGGACCGGUGGCAUUGCAGCAGCAGCAGCAGCAGCAGGGCAUGUCAAUGCAGCAGCAGCAGCAGCAGCAGCAGCAGCAGCAGGCUGUGCAGCAGGCCAUGGGAGGGCAGAUGGGUCAGCAGCAGCAGCCAAACCAGCAGCAGCAGCAGUUGCAACAGCAGGUGCAGCAGCCAAUGCAGCAGCCCCCCCAGGCUGUGCAGCAGCAGCAGCAGCAGGGUGUGCAAGGUCAGGCAGGGGCGAUCCAGCAGCAGCAGCAGCAGCAGCAGCAGCAGCAGUCGGGUCUGCAGUCGACGGUGACGCAGCAGGGAGGGAUCUCGGACACUGUCUGGCAAAAGCUGCAAGGCAUCAAGGCGAGCUACCUCAAGGACAUGAAGGAAAUCCACAGCUUCCUCGUCAUGAAGAGCCAGCAGCUGCAGAAGAUGGUGCCGGAACAGCAGGAGCGACUGAAACACUACAAGGACAUCUUAUAUCGAAUCAUUCCAUAUUUGAGUGUGCCUCGAGAUAAGGUGCCCCCGCAAUUCACUAUAGAGAAGGUGGAGCAGCUUGAGAGGCAGAUAAUUCAGAUUCUUGAAACAUUCAAGAAGCGGCGCCCCCCUCAGCAGCAGCAGCAGCAACAGCAACCGCAACAGCAGCAGCAGCAGCAGCAGCAGCAGCAGCAGCAGCAGCAGCAGCAGCAGCAACAGCAGCAGCAACCGCAACAGCAGCAGCAGCAACCGUUACAGCAACAGCAGCAGCAGCAGCAGCAGCAGCAGCAACAGUUACAGCAGCAGCAGCAACAACAGUUACAGCAGCAGCAGCAACAGCAACAGCAACAGCAACAUCAGCAGCAGCAGCAGCAGCAGCAGCCGCGGCCUCAGCAACCCCUUCAAGGAAUGGCAGGACAGCCACUGGCGAAGCAGCAGCAGCAGCAGCAGCAGCAAGGGGUGCCUAUGGGUGUGGGUGGGCCUGUUCGCCUGGUGCCUGGCCAGAUGGGGCAGCAACAACUGCCGCAGCAGCAGGUGCAUCCCCAGAUGCAGCAGCAGCAGCAGGCUGCCUUACCUGGGGGUAUGCAGCAAGCCUUGCCAGGCCAGCGGCCCAUGCAACCACAGCAGCCGCAGCAGGGGCAGCAGGGGCAGGGGCAGCAGCAGGUGCGGCUACAGAGCCCGGCCCCUAUUCAGACUCAGCAGCAGCCCUUGCAGGCGAGGCAGCAGCAGCAGCAGCCGCCGCUACAGCAGCAGCAGAAGAUCGAAGAAAGCGCUGCCACCGGUAAUGCAGCAGCAGCAGCAGCAGCGCAGAGGGAUGGGAUGAAGCUUGCAGCUGCAGGGCUAGGAGGAGGCACAGCAGGAACAGUACCAUUAGCCGGCCGACCAGUGCAGCAAAUCAAAUCUGAGCCAGAUGCGAAGAUCUUGCCAGGCCAAGCCCUUCCUCAGCAGCAGCAGCAGCAGCAGCAGCAGCAGCAGCAGCAGCAGGGAGGGGUGGGCGUAGGCCCACAGAAUCAGCAGGCGCAGUACAAACCAGGAUCACCACCACCCCUAGCAGGAUUGGCAGCAGGAGGCGCAGGGGCAGCAGCAGCAGGACCAGGAGCAGCAGCAGCAGCAGGAGUAGGGGCAGUAGAUGAGCCGUCCUCGCUCUCCGCCAGUGCAGCACCAUACCAGGCGGCCUCUGCCUAUAUCGCCCCGUCUCCCGGCCCAUUCGAGCAAGACACAAGCAAGAUGUCUGCACCAGGGCAGGCGGGGGAGGGCGAGACUGGGGAGGGUGCAGCUGAGGGGGCGGUGGAGGUGAAAGGAGAGGCGGGGGAGGGGGGAAAAGGGAAGGUGGAGGAGAGGGAGAAGGAAGAGCCGAUGGCGAGAUUGUGCCGAGUGAUGGAUGCUUCUUUGGCCCACGAUCGCAGGGACCUCCUCCUAGCAGCCGCGCACAUGCAGGCCGUGCUCGCAUGCUCCGACCGCCUUGCCACGUCAGCACCCCUCGCGGGCUCCAGAGGCGCACUUGGAGAGGACCUAUCAGCGACCGCCAGCUCACGCCUGCUGGCUGACUGGAUGGCACUCAACUCCCUCAACUUCCCUGGCCUCCCGUCCUCUGGGUCCCACAUGCAAGGGUCCGGGCCUCUGCCUCUGCCUCUCACACCUUUCUCAGGGGCACCUGGAGGUGGUAUCUUGCCCGGUUCUGCUGGUGUAGGUGCUUCUGCUGGUGGUGGCGUGGGCAUCGGUGCUGAUGCUAGUGCUGCUGUUGCUGCUGCUGGUGGCACUGCUGCUGCAGCUGUUGCUGCUGGUGCGGGUGCUACUGGUGCCGCUGGUGCUGCUGGUGCUGGUUCGAGUGGCGCGUUGAGCAGGAGGGUGGUGUCUGUGACUGCAAGUGUGGUGGACCACCUGGGCACAGUCACCAGCAGCUCGGUGCAUGCUGUGGCACACCCAGGCUCAAGUGCAGCGUGGGGGGAAGAUGGGGAGGAUGGCGCAAUGGGAGAUGGGGAGGUGGAGGAGGAGAGAGAGUGGGGCUGGGAUGAGGAUGAGGAGGAGGAGUGGGAGGAAGAUGGAGAGGGGGGGCGUGGAGGGGUGGCGGAUGGGCAGUGGCUGGUGUCACGGGCUCAGGCUGCUUCGGCGCUCUUCCCGCCAAGGAAGCGGCAGAAGAGUGAGCUCGUGCCCGGUGUGGCAUGGGAGGCAGAGCAGCUGAACGAGGGGAUGAUCGACACCUGUGUGGAGGUCAGCAGGAGGGAAUCCAGGCGAGCGCAUGCCAUGGGCAAGGAAGGCGUGGCUGUGCUGCUGCACUUUGACAUCCCCUCGGUCGGCAUUCCCUUCCCUCCUCUCCGUCUCCUCGUCCCUUCCUCCUACCCGCACUGCUCGCCCCAGCCAUGGCCCUUCCAAGCACACCCAUAUGCCAGAUCCGCAGUGGUCCAAGAUGCCAUGGACCGCUUUACCAGAGCCAUGAGAGCAGCCAAGGGUCCCCUCACUCUGACAUCCAUGGCCAAGGCAUGGGAUGAGCACGCCCGGGCGGCAGUCAUGCAGGUUCUGGCGGCCUCUGCUCCUCCCAAUGCCUGCUGGCAUGCUGUGGUUGGUCCCUGGCAUGAGUGUGCUGCUGAUGUGUCACAUGGUUAGAUCUACACCACACGGUGCCUGUUGUGUGCUGGCUGGCAUUAUGGGAUGGAUGCUAUUGUUGUGAUUUGUUACGAUUAGAUUGUUUCUUUUUGAAGUGGCGCGCAUCAUGCCUCAAUGAAAUAUCAUCAGAAGA